AUGGUCGCUACUAUCAAGAAGUACAAGGCUGCUGCCGUCAACGCUGAACCUGGAUGGCUCAACCUCGAGCUCUCGAUCCAGAAGACCAUCCAUUGGAUCAACGAGGCCGGCCAGAAUGGCUGCAAGCUGAUUGCUUUCCCUGAGCUUUCUGCAAAGGAAAACCAGAUCUUCGUCUCUCUUGGCUACUCUGAAGUUGAUCUCAACUCGCUUUACACCACCCAGGUCUUGAUUUCUCCCACUGGUGAUAUCUUGAACCACCGCCGCAAGAUUCGCGCCACCCAUGUUGAGAGACUUGUCUUCGGUGAUGNGCACUGGCGACACCACCGAGUCAGUCGUCGAUACCGAAAUUGGUCGCAUUGGUCAACUCAACUGCUGGGCAAGGGCGAACAAGUCCACAUUGCCGGCUGGCCGCUCUACNCCCACGCCACGACCCUCAAGUACCCCGACCCUUACACCAACAUCUCCGACUCCAACGCCGAUAUCGUCACUCCUGCUUACGCAAUUGAGACUGGGUCCUUCACACUCGCUCCGUUCCAGAUGAUUUCCAAGGAAGGUGUCGAUUUGCAAACACCUCCUGGCAAGGAGCGUGAAGAUCACAAAAUCUACAACGGAAACACCAGAAUUUAUGGUCCUGAUGGCCAGCUCCUGAUCGUCAAGCCCAGUGAUGACUUUGAGGGUCUGGUAAACAGGNGCGGACAUUAUAUGCGUCCCGAUCUCCUUCGCCUUGUCGUUGACACUGACCGCAAGAGCUUGGUCAACAAGGUUGAUGGAAGCGGCAAAUUCAUUGUUGAGAAGACAGUCGAUCGUGUAGGAUUGAGCACUCCUUUCAAGGAUCUGCCAAUCGCUCAGAAGGCUGAAGCCAGCAGCGCUCUUGCCCAGGACAAUGAGUAG